GAUGCUAUUGGAGCUAUUGAUGGAACUCAUAUUCCGGCAAUGGUGACUGAAAAAAAUGCCCCAAAUCAUAGAAAUCGGCAUGGGAUUAUUUCACAAAACGUUUUAGCUGCUUGCAGCUUUGAUAUAGAAUUCAUUUAUGUACUUAGCGGUUGGGAAGGUUCAGCACAUGACUCCAAAAUACUCAGUGAUGCUUUAACUAGGAAAAAUGGACUCAAAGUACUUCAAU